GCGGAGCCGCGCUCUCCCCGGGGUUUACGGUAUCCGUCCGAGGCUGAGCGCGGGCUGGUGAACUCGCAGAAUGGCUUCUUUUGGGUGGAAGAGGAAGAUUGGUGAGAAGGUCUCAAAGGUCACUUCCCAGCAGUUUGAGGCUGAAGCUGCUGAUGAGAAGGAUGUGGCUGAAAAUGAUGAAGGUAACUGGCUUCAUGCCAUUAAACGUAGGAAAGAAGUUCUCCUUGAAGGCUCUGCUGAGAAAAGUAAACAGCUGAAGGAUGAAGGAGCCAGUUUGGCUGAAAAUAAAAGAUACCGUGAAGCAAUUCAGAAGUGGGAUGAAGCAUUACAGUUAACCCCAAAUGAUGCUACCCUGUAUGAGAUGAAAUCACAGGUCCUAAUGUCUCUUCAUGAAAUGUUCCCAGCAGUGCAUGCAGCCGAAAUGGCUGUUCAGCGAAAUCCACAUUCGUGGGAGUCUUGGCAAACUUUGGGACGUGCUCAGCUUGGAUUGGGAGAGAUAAUCCUGGCUAUUCGAAGUUUUCAAGUGGCUCUUCACAUCUAUCCAAUGAACCCCGAAAUAUGGAAAGAAGACCUCUCUUGGGCAAGAACGCUCCAGGAACAACAGAAAGUAGCACAGAAGAUUAAAAAAAGUGAAGCACCAGCUGAAGUAGCACAUUUUUCACCGAAGUCGCGACAGUCGAUUCCCACUACUGACUUUGAAAGUGAUGAGAUGUCCGCUUUUGUGGCUGCUUUGCCUGAAAAACAGAAGACAGUUUCGGCAAAUAAACAAUGGUUAUUGUGUCUGCCUUCUGGGAUAGAGACUGUAACCGAGAAGGAAGAUGGUGCUAACACCACCAGAAUUGGACAUCUGUUUUUAUCAAACCGAUAG